AUGGCCAGGAACCCGCCUUUCGACACUGCUAAACUCAGCCAUCGCACGCCGUGCAAAGUCACUUCGAGGCAUACGCAGAGACACCAUGGCACUGGUACUGCCGCCAAUGCAAAACGGACGCGGGAUGCCUUGAAUAGCGUACCGCAUAAAUAG